AUGCGGCUCCACUUGUUUAUACCGAAGUGUAUUGAAAUUGAACUGAACCUGAACGAAGCAUGAGCAACGCUUGAAGAACCACAGAUAGAUACAUUUUUUGUUUUGUUUCGAUGCUCUCUUUGGCGAAAAGGCUUGAGCUUCGGCCCAUAACGAUCAUCCUGGGCCAGGUCCGGUCCGCCCGAACGCGCCCAAAGUCGGCGGCGGUGGCGCUGAGGAAGACGGAGGAGCGGUCGGAGUGGUGGGCGGUGGACGGCGAAAUGCACGAGAUCGGCGAUAACGUGCCGCCACGUGAGCGCUUUGUGAUCCCCCGAGAGAACAUUCCCAACAAGCGCCGCAAGCAGCUCAGAGACCAGUUCAUGCGCCGAACGCGCCUCCUUCUCAAAGAAUCUGAGCAUGAUCCUUGGUGCAAAAAGUAUAUGGAGCUGUAUAAUGAACUUAGAGAAAACUGGGAAAGGCUUUAUUGGGAUGAGGGUUACUCCAAAAAGCUUGCUCAGGAUCAUGCAAACUAUGAGUCUGCUGAAGAUGAUGAUGGGGAUUUCAACCCAUACAGGAGUAGAAGGCCUCAGUCUCAGAUGGAGCAUAGUAAGGACCAGCGUUUUGGGAGAAACAGACAAUCUGAUAACCUGGAGAAAGUUAGCCUUCUUCGAGAUAAAUUUGAGUAUGACAGAGAGAGAAGAAUGAGAGAGAAAGCAUUUGCACCCAUUCAUGGAGGAUCUGUGCCCGACUCUCAUGAUUCAGAACGCUGGAACCAACCCCUAAAUACUGAUCGGUAUUUCAGCCAAACAGAAAGGCAUUGAGACGAGAAUAAAUUAAAUCUGCUAUAUGUGCUGCUGCUGCCGAUAUAACUAGAUUGAGUUAAUUCUGACAUCUUGUUAAAAUGUGCUUACAGCUAGAGAAAUAAUUUUUUUUAAAGCUCCUUUGGUUAGGCAGGACUUAUGUUCUAAACAGAAAUAUGAUUAUGUAUUAAUAGUUUAAUACGCUGACCUUUGCCCUGCCUUUCUCUGUUCCCAAAGUUGACCGUGACUUGUGAGAAGGGUAUAGAAAAUUGAAAGGAAUCUGAAACUGGUGAGAUAUUGUAUUUAAUAACCUUAUUUAUUAUGUA